AUGGAGAUUGACAUUCCCGGCGCCUCUUUAGGCCUCGUACGCAACCGAGACUACGUUUACGUUGAGAGCUCUGGCAUCCUUCGUCUCAAGAAUGGUGAACGCGUCGGCUACCACUUGUUUCACUCCGUCAGCUUUCCAGAAGCUCAGGAACUGCCAAACCGAGUACGUGGCAACAUGUCGUUCUGUGGAAUUUUCCACCAGGAAGGCCCCGAUCGAACAGACUGCCGCGGGACAGGAAUCAUGGACCCAGGAGGGGACAUGAUCCGUGUGAUGGCGGUAAUAGGCAUGGUACAGGCAACCAUGGCUGGCUUAAAGUACUCGUAUUGCGGGCAAAUGAAGAAGUUGGCAUGGCUGCUAGAGCAGCGACACACUCAGGCAAAGGAGCGUGGAGCUCCAGUCGCUGAACCAAUGUGCGUGACUUGCUUCAACCCGAUCAAGAACUCAAAGUUCAGUAUCGGCAAGUCCAGUAGCACUUGCAAGUUGUGCUUUGGAGCUCUUUGCGGCACGUGUAAGAUCUCCAAGAAGCUGAGUUUCAUCACUCCAGACCUGGAGCUUGCCCAGCGCAAGGUCAACUUCUGUGUCAAGUGUCUCGUUGAGGCCACUCGUAUGGACACGCUGGAAGCUGCACGCCAACAGUUCGUCUACAAGAGACGCGUCCAACCAAGUGUAUAUGGCUCAUCCGUUGCGUCCGAUGCGAGCUCAGGCUCCGACGUUACGAACUCGACGAGAUCUCACGAAAGCAUCACCUAG